AUGUCCAUCACAGUAAACACAACAAAUUCUUCAGAAACUACCAAAUCGCCGCCCCCAUCACCAGGGGAGAUAACAUCAAGCCCUUCGCCACAAGAGAGAACACCAAGCCCUUGGAUACAACAGAGAAUACCAAGCCCUUUGCCAGAAAUAAGGCCUCAUACUACUCCAAGACGUUCAGCACCAAUUAUAGCAGGAGUUACAGGUAUUGGUCUUCUUAUCAUUUCUUUUGUAGUGAUUCUUAUUUUGAGGGCCAAAUGGUGUGGGAAGUCUGAAAACGUUGGGCAGGAUGUGGAAUAUGAUCAUAUAAAGCAAGUUCCAGGAAUGCCUGUGAGGUUUUCAUACGAAGAACUUUGCGUUGCAACCGAUGAUUUCAAGGAGAUACUUGGAAGAGGAGGCUUCGGGUCUGUAUUCAAAGGAAAAUUGGCAGAUGGAACAGAAAUUGCUGUGAAGAGGUUGGAGAAAUUAGGCCAAGGAAUGAGUGAGUUUUUAGCAGAAGCCGAGGCAAUUGGAAGUCUGCACCAUUUUAACUUGGUGUGGUUGAUUGGAUUUUGCGCAGAGAAAUCCUUUAGGCUAUUGGUUUUUGAGUAUUUGAGCAAUGGAUCAAAUGUCGAUGUAUCACAACCAGAAUCUGCCUUUCAUUUGCUUACAACUUUACAGAAGAAAGCUGAUCAAGAUAGAGUAAUAGACAUGGUGGAAACAUCAGAUGAAUACACGCAGAGUAAUAGAGAAGAAAUGCUCAGGAUGAUACAUGUUGCUGCUUGGUGUUUGCAAGAUGACCCUGAAAGAAGGCCUCUCAUGUCCACUGUUUUGAAAGUGUUGGAAGGUGUAAUGGAGGUAGAUUCAAACAUCAAUUUUCAGUUUUCGCAUGCAUUGAUUGCCUCUUCUGUUGAUGAUGUAGUUGUAAAUCUCUCCCUUUUGGAAGAAACAAAAUUCAUCAAGCUUCUUGUCACUUCUACUACUAUUGCAUGCUAUCUUAAGCUAAGCACAGUUGCUUUUAAACUAGCCAAGGUUUCUUUUGACCAUGCUUAUAUGCAUGUCAUGGGUGCCUCAGAUUAUCAAAAUGCUUGCUAUAAUGCAUUUAGAAAGUACCCUGGAUUGGCUUAUCCUUCUGAGCUUGCAAGUAGAGAGGCUGGUUUGAAGCAUAUUUGUGAUGUGGUUUUGGGAUUCAUUGAUCAUCUUGGGGCAUGCUUUAAUUCUAGGGAAGAUGAUUUUGGUAGGUCAAGGGAAGAUGUUGUGGCUAUUGAAGGAGAUGUGUAG